AGGACGGCAUCAAUAUGCCGGGUCCUGAUUGAUCCAGCCCGAAAAGAAAUAUUCUCUCCUCUUUGCGGGCGCCCCCGUCCCUCGCUGAUCCCGAUAAGCUGGGCGUGGAGAGCUAUAAGGACAACCCAUUCCGUCACCACAGCUUCCAGAUCCACACACCAGCAUCGCAUCACUUACUUACAUCCAUAACACUGCUCUCCAAAGCUCAAGCUCAAGCUACCUAACUCCAAACAUCUCAUAGAAACUUCAUCUUAGCUACCAUGUCUCAACUCAGCUACGCCCGCUAUGGCAAGGACAACAUCCGCCUCUUCAAGGUCGAGAAGGACGAGAAGGCCGGAACUCAGACUGUAGUUGAGUCGACUGUCUGCAUCCUUCUUGAGGGUGACAUCGAGACCUCCUACACUGAGGCAGACAACUCUGUCAUCGUGGCUACCGACACUCAGAAGCAGACCUGCUACAUCCUCGCCAAACAGAACCCCAUCACCCCGCCAGAGCUCUUUGCCUCAGUCAUCGGCGAUCAUUUCAUCAAGACCUACCCCCACAUCCACGCCGCCCAUGUCAAGAUCAUCCAACACAAGUGGACGCGCAUGGCCAUUGACGGAAAGCCCCACCCACACUCUUUCCUCCGCGAUGGCGAGGACAUCCGCGUUGUCGAGUCCGUCACAAGGGAAAACGUGGGCGUCUCCAUCCGCUCCAAGAUUGAGAAGCUCCUCGUCCUCAAGAGCACCGGCUCUGCCUUCUAUGGAUUCCACCGUGACGAGUACACCCAGCUUCAGGAGACAUGGGACCGUAUCCUGAGCACAGAGGUCGAGGCCGGCUGGGCAUGGAAGACCUUCUCUGGGCUGGACGAAGUCAAGUCUGUCGCACCCAAGUUCGACGAGGCAUUCAACGCGGCCAAGGAGAUCACGCUCAAGACUUUCGCUCUCGACAACAGCGCCAGCGUGCAAGCAACCAUGUAUAAAAUGUCCGACCAAAUUCUGGCAGCAGUGCCAUUGGUGGAAGCGGUAGACUACUCGCUACCCAACAAGCACUACUUUGAAAUCGAUCUCUCCUGGCAUAAGGGCCUCAAGAACACGGGCAAGGAUGCCACUGUGUAUGCUCCGCAAUCCAACCCCAACGGUCUCAUCCAGUGCACUGUCACCAGGAAGGGGCCCAAGUCCAAGCUAUAAAUCAGCUCUUUUAAAUUCUGCAGGCGUCUAUCGGGAUCCACGGACCUUUAGAUUGAUGACCAUCUAGCGAG